UGUGAUGUUUUCGGUGAAUGCCCCACCCUUUGACAAGCCGUUGUUAUUCACAAUCACAUUGUCAGUCGUCUGGAUUGUGUUUUGCACUCGUCUGCCCUGUCUUUCCAGCGGAGGCAGACAGCUGUUGAUGAGCCUCUGGGGUGAAUUUAAAGCUCUGGGAAAGCGGAAGCCUGGCCUGCUGUGUGUUAUCAGCUGACGGCUGCUAGCUAGCACAGGGCUGAAUAGCAUAUCAGUAGCUAGCUAGUGGCAUUACACUUUGACCAAUGCUGUUCAUUCACACAUCUCUACAGCCUAACAUGAAACGAGAAGGAAAUGCGAGGUUAUUAGGGAGGUAAUGUCUGCUGCCGCGAAACAUCUGUAAGAAGAAGACGAGACACUAACCAUUCCCAACCUGUGGAGAGCAGAUUUUGUGCUUCCUGCUUCGCCUCUGAACCUUAACACCCUCACAUCCACCUCUACGGCCAGUGUCUGGCCACCGUAACCAUGACGACAGGGGGGUGUUGCCACCUGCCUGGCUCUCUGUGUGACUGUGCGAGCAGCACUGGCCUGUGGAAGAACGUGGAGGAAGCAGGUGGUGAUGGGUGCCAGGCGCUCUACGUCACCCAGGUCACAGCCAUAGAUGGACGGUUGCUCUCCUCAGUGCUCAAACCCAUCGGCACACAAAGUGAUGGUCCCAUCUGUCGUAUUUGCCACGAAGGAGGCAACAGUGAGGGUCUCCUGUCUCCGUGCGACUGCACAGGCACCCUGGGCACGGUGCACAAGAGCUGCUUGGAGAAGUGGCUGUCGUCUUCCAACACCAGCUACUGUGAGCUCUGCCACACAGAGUUCAGCAUCGAGCGCCGACCUAGGCCGCUCACAGAGGUAACAAAGUGGCUGCGGGACCCCGGCCCUCGUAAUGAGAAGAGGACGUUGUUCUGUGACAUGGUGUGCUUCCUGUUUAUCACGCCCCUAGCAGCCAUUUCAGGCUGGCUGUGCCUGAAGGGCGCUCAGGACCAUCUUCAGCUGGGGAGCUGGCUGCAGGCCGUGGGCCUCAUAGCCCUCACCAUCGCCCUCUUCACCAUCUAUGUCCUGUGGACCCUGGUAUCUUUCCGCUACCACUGUCAGCUGUACUCUGAGUGGAGAAGAACAAAUCAGAAAGUACGUCUGCUCAUUCCUGAAGCCAAGGGGUCUAACUCUUCCCAGCAUUCUUUGCUCUCUACCAAACUGAUGAAGAAGUCUGCCAAUGAGAGUAUAGUAUGAGACCAAAUGGAGAUGGUCAAUGAUAAUGGUGUCGUUUAUGUGCGGGGGGGCUGAUUGUCGACACAUCAAGCCUGCCAGCUAGCCUUUAAAGAAGCACUUGUGGGCUUUUUUGUUGCUUUAAAAAAAAAAAAAAAUUUUUGCCCCAUCAGUACUUGAUUUACAUCACUUUUGUUUUUGUUUUUUAAAUCUGCCCUCCUGUGGGUGCAGAAAUGAGCACAUUUUAAAUGGGGUCGUUCUGUCCUCAUGCUGGGUGUUGACCAAGCUCAUGCAAAGGCACUGAAGAAUGGAACAGCACAGGGAAAUGUGCAGAGACAUUUACAGAGACACAGGAACAGUCUCAUCAUCAUGGAUGCGAUGAUAACAUUAGAUAACAGUGACAGCAGAAUAAGAAAUGACCAAACUAACUGGUUUAGUGGACUAAUGUUCUAAUGAUUGUUCUGCUUAGUUUCCACAACCCAUCGAUGGUCCACAGAUGACUGCCAAGUGUAGCAGGUCCAUUCAUUGUCAUGCUGCAAUGAUGAAAGUGUGUAAAAAAUGUGCUAGAUACAUGUCACAUCUGGGCAUGCCCUUACCUACAUAAGCCUUGCAUUCUCUGCACAACAUUGCCCAUUGAGGAGCUCUUUAAAGCAGUUACUGAUCCCACGUUACUCUGUAAAGGCAAAGCAAAAGCUUAGGUCUUUGAUUUAUUUGCAUUUCACAAUCCAGAUGCCAGUGUGCUGUCUGAGAUGAAACUUUCAUUUUGGACUUGGACUAUUGGACUUCUUUCAGUGUUUAUUUUUUUUCUCCUGCACCUGUUUUUACAUCUCAUCCAAGAGUGGAUGGCAUGCAUAGCAAAGCCAGAGAUUGUGCAAUAAAACACUGUGGACAUCGAGAUCUUCACAGUACAUGAAGAGACCUCUACCAACAUGCACAGUUAUGCAUGCAAGCACUGUUAAUCAUUUUUUCUUUUAGUACUGUUAAAAUGCUUUUGUGGUUUAAAAGAACUUUUUUUGUAUGAACAGAUUUAGUAUUCCUACUGAAGUAGGUUCUUGUAUUAUCGGCACUUUUCAGCAAGUCUAUAGAUCGACAGAAAACUCCAUCAAAAUGGCUUUUAGAGGAGCAUUUCCACAAGUAUUGUUGGGUGGCUGAUGCAGUGUACUAAAGCAUCCUUCUAAUUGCCUGAUAAAGUACUUAAUGGUAGCUGUUUUGUUUUGUUUUUUAAAACAAUACACAUUGCUGUAUGUGUGUAGUUUCUAUAGUCACACCAAGAAUCAGGGAUACAGAAACUUCCUGUGAGCAUUUAUCAUUCAAGUCGUGGUCAAACAUCAGUUUGUCUGAUCUGAUGGAAACAAAAAUUCUCAGUGCUGGUGUUAAGUGCUUCUGCCAGUCUCACAUACACUUUACCCACCGACAAUGACUUUCAUGGGGGGUACGUUAUGCAAGCACCAUUAAGGCUUAAUCUGACUUUUGUUUUGUUUUGUCUUUUCUUUCAAGGAAGCCGCUAGAUGGUCACGUGUUUUUUCUAAGUCCAUUUGAUGGAUGUAAUCUUUUUUCGGGUGCAAACUUGCCCUCAUCAUGUUUUGAUGUUACUGAGCAGACUCAUUUGUAACUGGCUGUAUUGGUUGUUUGGGAGGGUAGAGAGAAUUCACUUCUCUCUCUUGUAUAUAGUUUGGUGCAGUUUAUAAUCAAGUCAUCUAUAGUGGCUGUUAACUAACCAGUCAGAAAACACAAACCACAGUGUCCGCCUGGUUUCCAGAUUUCCGGGUCAUAACGUGGUCCAGUUUUGAACAUAGUUUAUUACUUCAUUCCACUUAAUUUAGGUUAUGGGGAGACGGUUAAAUGCAACUUGAACACUGUGGCCUGUUCACAGGGAGAUAAGCCUGAAGAUGAAAAAAUCCAACAACACAUGUACUAUUGAGAACAACUUUAUUGUUAAAACCAAUGUAAUUCAGCCCGAAACACAUUGGCUUUAAGAAUACAACAACGUUGUCCUGUUUGGCUGAUGCAGGUGUUAAGCCUAUGGUUCAGUAUUAUUGUGCAGAUCUUACUAUUUGUAAGUGUUUCAUUUAUAACAGUGCAAUUAACUAAAUUAAACUUUAGCUCCAAGAUCACAAUUAUUGGCUUUUGGGUUUGAUUCUUCUCUAUUCGGUGAAUUUAUAUUUUUAUUAGUAUGAGUGCUCUAACUUUUGAUUAUCAUACUUUGAUCAUGGUUUGUUCUUCUAUGUGCUUUUCCUUAACUUUCUUCUAGAUGUCAAAGUUAAGGCAUGGAUCCAUUUCGCAGAGGCAUUCAGUAUUGACACAUUGUAAACACAUGCAGUACAUCAUCUGUUGUGUGCAGAGGCCAAAAGUCUAGGUUAUAUGCACAAUUGUGUUGUAGAAAAGGUUUCAGUCGUAGUCAUCUGGACACUGUUUUCAGAAUCAAGACGUUUUGGCUCCCAUCCGGAAGUCAUUCUCAAUUGUGAAAAAAUGGACCAGGAACUCUGAAAUUUAAGACGGUGUAGUCCCUCAUUCGUCCAGGAGGUUGUGUUAUGUGUUAUUAAUACUUAUUUAAAAUACAUAUAUAUUGGUGUGGCAUAGUCACAAAGAGUCAACCCAGACCAUUUCAGUCACCUUUUCAGAGCAGACUUUGGUUGUUGGCUGUCAGUAAGCAUCAAUACAAAUAAGUUUUUCUUCCUGCACUCUGUGAAUUUUCAUACUACAGAUACCUUGUGAUCUGAAAUGACAUUACAAAUUUAGUGGCUCCUUGGUGUUGCUAUUGUAAAACAUUAGUCAUAGGAACAGGAUGUAUCUCAGCAGCUAUAUGGCUGUAAAUGUUGAGCAACCAUCGUUUUAAAAUAUUUUUAUCUGUUUGGCUGCUGACAGUUUGGGCAGUGACUAGUGGCUGUAAGCGUUACUUCCUUGCCCUGGCCUUUUGUCUACACUAACAUUACACUUUAGUACUGUUAGCUGCUGGUGGAUUAUCCCGCAUAAUGCCACAGUUAAUCGUUUGUUUGUGUUUUUAACUGAUCUCAGAACAAAGGAUUAUAUCCUGCAAUACUGCGAUGCACCCGCGUGGGUCUCACAAGCUUAUGGGUCAUUUGAUCGUCCAUGUGUUUACUGUUUGUCAUGAACGAGGCUUUACCCCAAGUAUUAGGAUCUAUUGGGGCACAGAUUGGAUGCAAUGUGAAGAGCUGAGGUGCAGUUAUUCAAAACUGUAAGAAACAACUGAAAUGUAGGUCAGUGCAGAAGAUGUCUGACUUGUGCAGCCACAGAUCAGUAUUAUAGUUUUUUUUAUAGUAUUGGAAGUCUGUACAAAGUGGCCUACACAGUAUGCAACACUGCUCCUUCUUUGGCUGCCUGCCUAUUCAUGUCGGAGUUAUCAGAGCUACAUGAAACAGAUCCUCAUGUCUCCAAAGGGUUUUAAAGUGUUAUUGUAACCAUAAUGUAAUACUUACUUUAUAUAGCUCCCACAAUUCAAAUCCAGAAAGGGAUUUUAAAUCAUUGUUUUUGUUGUUUGUUUGCACAAAUAAACAUGCAAAUGUUACUUAUGUUGUAUAACAUUAAUAUAUGUCUUUUGUGGAGGCUGGGUAUGUUUAAUAGGUAUCAUUUGUAAUUUAUGUUGCAAUUCUUCAGUAUUUACAUUUUUAAAUACUACAUUGUUUAUGGUGUGCUGUGGAAAAAAAGAAAGAUGUCUUCACCAAAAUACUGGUACCUGGCAAGAAUUUUUUGUAAAGCAAAUAAAACAUGAGGAUAAAUUAUGGGUGAACAUUAA